AUGGCUUGUACUUUACAAUCACUACGAAUUGGCCGUACAUUUGAUUCUGAUUAUCCACAAAAUCAAAAGGCUUUAUCGGAUGAUACAAGCCUAUCAAUAGCUGUAAUCGGACAGGUGGACGAAUUAAAGAUUACACCUGAAGAAACAUGCCCGAAGAAGAGUGUUAUGUUAGCUUAUAAACUUUACAAAUAUCGCGAUAAAUUGGUGAGUUUGAUCGAUGGUUCCAGAGGACAAUACAGGAGUUCAGCUGCUACUCUAAUCAAACCAGUUUAUGGCACGCUUUCUAAGCGUUUCGCUCAAAACUUUGAUCGGGACUUGGUGGUAGAUCAUCCACGACCAUAA